AUGGACAUGAAGACCGCAGUCAGGAAGGAGACUACUAAACUCUACAACUUUAGUAACAUCAGAUACGCAGCUCCACCUCUAGGAAACCUACGGUUUCGAGCCCCGUUGCCGCCUAAGGUGAACCGCACUAAAGUCCAGACAGGGACAGUAGGUAGAAUUUGCCCACAAGCUACGCCGAUAUGGAGCAGAUAUAUUAUGCCGCAGUUUUUGACAAGCUACUUCACAAACGCAACGUUUAGCGCUUCCCUCGAUGUCUCCUCCUACCCUGUCCCACUCAUCCAGGACCCCAGAAUCUCGGAAGAUUGUCUUUUCCUUGAUGUUGUGGUUCCACAGAAAGUAUUUGACCGAGCUCAGGGCGAAACCCCGGUACCUAAAGAAAGUUUGGCUCCGGUCAUCGUUUAUUUCUAUGGCGGAGGGUAUGUUCUAGGCGAUAAGGGUGGUGUUGAUCCAUCUGGUCUCAUUCAACGAAGUCAACAGCAGGGGAAGGACGGGGUCAUAUAUGUGGCUCUGAACUACAGGCUCGGUGCAUUUGGCUGGCUUGCUGGUCACACAGUAUCCCGCAAAGGAACCCCCAACGCCGCACUUCAUGACCAACGACUCGGCUUGACCUGGGUAGCUCAGAAUAUUCAUCUGUUCGGAGGUGAUGCCGACCGAGUCACUGUCAUGGGCGUAUCUGCUGGAUCAGGGUCCAUCCUUCAUCAACUCACUGCGUACAAAGGGCUCCAGGGACCUUCCCUAUUCCAACAGGCCAUCCUACAAAGCCCCUCCUGGGAGCCGAACUAUGACACAGACAAGCAGGAACGGACAUUUCGUCAAUAUCUCAAGCUCCUCAACGUCAGCACCAUCGAAGAGGCUCGCCAGUUACCUUCCGAAAAACUCAUUGCUGCCAACACCCAUCAGGUUUCAAGCUCACCCUACGGAACAUUCACUUACGGCCCCGUGGUGGACGGCGUCUUUGUUGCCGGUCUCCCGGGCAAACUUCUGCUGCGCGGGGAGUUCGAUCAUAGCGUCAGGAUAUUGAACGGUCAUACUUUGAACGAAGCUCUCAUGUACACGCCUCCAUCCAGUUUUCAAGAACGGGGUUUACUCGCACUCAUGGACGAGCAUUUCUUUGACCUUUCGGAAGAUAUGAAAGAGACCAUCGUAAAUGUUCUAUAUCCACCCAUUCUGGAUGGGAAGUACGGGUACCUCGGCUGGGUCGAGCGAGUCUCUUCCGCCCUCUCAGACAUAUGCUUUCAGUGUAAUUCAUACCACUUGAAUCACGCAUACAGUAACAGCACUUACACCUACGUAUUCUCCAUCCCUCCCGCUAUGCACUGGAUGGAUCAUCCCUACUCAUUCUACAUUAAAGGUGGAAAGCCUUUAGUUGAGAAUCCUCUCUUCCAAGUGACAAACGAGACGGUGGCCUUUAUCCUGCAAGACUACGUUACAAGUUUUGUUCAAACGGGAAAGCCGACUUCUUCAUUAGCCCCGGCCCUCGAGAUAUGCGGCCCGGAGAGCCGUGUGGUCAGUAUAGGAUCAAACAAUAUCACGCGGAUGCGUGAUCCAGCUUGCAAUGCUCGGUGUGUUUACUGGCAAACUGCGUUUGCCUACAGUCGGGACGACUUGUGA